CGAGAAGCGAGACGAGCUAUUCCCAGCUUCAAAAAUAUCGGUAAUUAAUAAAUAGUAUCGGUCGAUCAAUCGUUAACAAAAUGGCAACGCGCGGCAAGGGCAAGAAAAAGACCGGUCCAAAAAGUAACGGGAAAAAUAAUGAGAAAGGCGCUAAAGGGGGCAACGGCGGGAAGAACAAGGGAACGAAGAAAUCGAGAAGAAGCGGCGGAAAAGCACGAUUUACCAUGGAUAUCUUCAACGAGGAAGUAAUGGAAAACGCUUAUUAUACUUGUCACAACAUCAUGGAUGUGUUGAAAUGUCGAGGCUUCCCGUGGCCAGAAGCGCAAAAGAAGAAGGGAAAAAGAAAGAAGUAAACAAGUCACACGUGUUAUCUGAAAAUAUAUGAUUUUAUGUUGUGUUUGCAACAAACUGGUUUUAGGAACAUCUUAGGAACACAUUAUUAUACGUAAAAAAUGUAUCAAAUCACUCUAUCUACAGUAUCAAUACUUUGAUUGUUAUUGUCGUUAAAUGUAUUAUUUGGUGUAUUUAAUAUAUUGAUGUAAUUAAUAUAUGUAAUUAAAAAAUUGUACAAAAAAAAACUAUACUUUGACAAGCUAAAAUAUAUGUUGUGUAAAUAUAAAAAAAAAUUGUGGUAAACGUUUCUUACCAUAUUAUCUGCACUCUAUCCUAAUAAACAAAAAACGAAUUUCCUCAAUUUAAAAGAAGUUGUGUACACAGACGCGUGCUUCUGUAUUAUUUACAUAAAGGUAACAAAAAAUACUUAUUUUUGUAUACGAUUACCAGGACGGAGCGCGGUUUAAAAACAAAUGUAAAAUAUUUUUAUACGAGAUUUCGUUUUUUUCAAGAGAGCAAACAUAAA